AUGUUCGCCCUCACUCCAGUCUUGGUGGCGGUUGUCUGCGUUUUGAUCGUGUGGAUCUUUAAACAUGCCGAUGGAAGCAUGGAGAGAAGGAAGGGGGAGGCGAGGGUCAGGCCUGAGGCUCGUCCCUGGGUGGAUGAAGACUUAAAGGACAGCACCGACCUCCACCAGGAGGAAGAAGAUGCAGAUGAGUGUCAAGAAGCAGAGGAAAAUGUGGAACACAUCCCAUUCUCCCACACUCGGUAUCCUGAGAAGGAAAUGGUUAAGAGAUCCCAGGAGUUUUAUGAGCUUCUCAAUAAGAGACGCUCUGUGCGAUUCAUAAGUAAUGAGCAAGUCCCAGUGGAAGUCAUUGAUAAUGUCAUCAAAACUGCAGGAACAGCCCCGAGUGGGGCCCACACGGAGCCCUGGACCUUUGUGGUCGUGAAGGACCCGGAUAUGAAGCACAAGAUUCGGGAGAUCAUUGAGGAGGAGGAGGAGAUCAACUACCUGAAAAGAAUGGGGCCGCGCUGGGUCACAGACCUGAGGAAGCUGAGAACUAACUGGAUUAAAGAGUACUUGGACACUGCUCCUGUCUUGAUUCUCAUUUUCAAACAAGUACAUGGUUUUACUGCCAGUGGCAAGAGGAAGGUCCAUUACUACAAUGAGAUCAGUGUGUCCAUCGCCUGCGGCGUCCUCCUCGCUGCCCUGCAGAAUGCAGGACUGGUGACCGUCACCACCACGCCACUCAACUGCGGCCCCCGUCUCAGGGUGCUCCUGAGCCGCCCCACCAACGAAAAGCUGUUGAUGCUGCUCCCCGUGGGGUACCCCAGCAAAGAGGCCACGGUGCCCGACCUGAAACGGAAGCCUCUGGACCAGAUCAUGGUGACUGUGUAG